AUGGACUUUCUUUCAAACCCCGUCUUCCUCACAGCUCUGGUCCUUGCCUUAUCCAUUUUCACUGCCCAAAUACUUGCAAGGAAACUCACCAAGGCAAAGAAGAAGCACCCACCUAUUGCUGGCACAGUGCUCCAUCAGCUACUUAACUUCAACAGGCUACAUGAUUACAUGACUGAUCUUGCUGGGAAACACAAGACUUACAGGCUGCUUGGCCCCUUCAGGAAUGAGAUUUACACCUCCAACCCAGCAAAUGUUGAGUACAUACUCAAGACAAACUUUGAUAACUAUGGCAAGGGAUGUUAUAACUACAAUAUUCUGAAGGAUCUUCUGGGUGAUGGAAUUUUUGCAGUUGAUGGUGAAAAGUGGCGCCAGCAGAGAAAGAUAUCGAGCCAUGAGUUUUCGACGAAGGUGUUGAGGGAUUUCAGCAGUGUAAUAUUCCGGAAAAAUGCAGCAAAACUUGCUGAUAAGGUGUCGGAAAUCGCAACUUCCAACCAGGCAAUUGAUAUUCAAGAUCUAUUUAUGAAAUCAUCCUUGGACUCAAUUUUCCAAGUAGCAUUUGGUACUGAAUUAGACAACAUGUGUGGAUCAAAUGAAGAAGGCAAAAGUUUUGGUGAUGCUUUUGAUAAUUCAAGCGCAUUGACCCUCUGGCGUUACGUUGAUGUUUUCUGGAGGAUCAAGAAGUUUCUCAACUUGGGAUCAGAAGCUGCCUUAAGGAAAAAUACCAAAAUUGUUAAUGAUUUUGUGUUUAAGCUAAUCCACAACAAAAUUGAGCAAAUGCAGAAAAAGGAUAACGGUCCGGCCACUGUGGACAGAGAAGACAUUUUAUCAAGGUUUUUGCAAGUGACUGGGACUGAUCCCAUGUACUUGCGAGAUAUAAUUCUCAAUUUCAUUAUAGCUGGUAAAGACACAACAGCAACCACACUUGCGUGGUUCUUUUACCUUCUGUGCAAGCAUCCUUCUGUACAAGAAAAAAUUGUACAAGAAGUGAAGCAAGUAACCGGCAUGAAAAAGAUCACCAACUUUUCCGAGUUUGCAUCUGGUGUGAGUGAAGAUACUCUGGAAAAGAUGCAGUAUCUCCAUGCUGCAAUCACUGAAACUCUCAGAAUCUAUCCUGCAGUUCCAGUGGAUGCAAAGAUAUGCUUUUCUGAUGAUACUCUGCCAGAUGGGUACAGUCUGAGGAAAGGAGAUAUGAUAGCAUACCAACCUUAUGCAAUGGGCAGGAUGAAAGUCAUAUGGGGAGAUGAUGCAGAAAAGUUCAGGCCGGAGAGAUGGCUCAACGAGAAUGGGGUCUUCCAGCCAGAGAGCCCUUUCAAGUUUUCAGCCUUUCAGGCCGGACCGCGAAUAUGUCUUGGAAAGGAGUUUGCUUAUAGACAAAUGAAGAUCUUCUCAGCCGUUUUGUUAAGCUGUUUUAUGUUCAAAAUAAGUGAUGAGAACAAAGUUGUCACUUACAGGACAAUGAUUAAUCUUCACAUUCUCGGGGGUCUGGAAGUUCGUGCCUUCCACAGAUAA